AUGUGGCCCGAGGGCCACGAGUUUGACUUGCUUGUUCUAAAGGCUCCUGGCCCGAUGUCUUGGCAGCGCCUUGAUCUGAAGAUGUCACCCCGGGUGCUGUGGGGCAGCCUCAGCCUGCUCCGCCUGGUGUGGUGUGUCCUUCCGCAGACAGGCUACGUGCACCCAGAUGAGUUCUUCCAGUCACCGGAGGUCAUGGCAGAGGACAUCCUGGACAUCGAGGCCGCCCGGCCCUGGGAGUUUCAUUCCAGCAGCGCCUGCCGCACGGUGGUCUUCCCGCUGCUGACCUCCGGCUUUGCCUUCUGGCUGCUCAAGAUCUGGAAAGAACUGGGCCCGUGGUCUGGCCUGGUAAGUGGCUAUGCGCUGCUGGUGGGGCCCCGGCUCCUCCUCACUGCCCUCUCCUUUGCCCUGGACGUGGCCAUAUACCACCUGGCCCCGCUGUGGAGGGCGGAGCGCUGGAACGCCCUGGUCUUGCUGUCUGGUUCCUAUGUCACCCUGGUCUUCUACACAAGGACCUUCUCCAAUGCCAUCGAGGGACUGCUCUUUGCAUGGCUGCUGGUACUGGUAUCGCCCCGUGUAGCUCGGAGCCCCGCACCCGGGAAGCCUGCUCGAGGCUCGUGGUGGCACAGCUGGCUUCUUGGGACCAUCCUGGCUGCCGGCUUCUUCAACCGGCCCACCUUUCUGGCCUUCGCUCUGGUUCCCGUGUUCCUCUGGGGCAUUUGCGGAGCCACGAACUCUGCCUUCAAGUCACUGACCAAGGCAGCCCUGGGGCUCCUCCCAGGAGCGACCCUCACAGCAGCAGUGUUUGUGGCUGCGGACAGCUGGUAUUUCUCCAGUCCGUUUACUAAAAGACCCAAUACCCUUGUCCUGACACCUGCCAACUUCUUGCAGUACAACCUGGAUCCGUCUCACCUCCUGCUUCUCUACUUCACGCCUCUAGCACUGCUGUCUGCUUUUAGCCACCAGGAGGCUCGGUUCCUGAUCCCCCUUCUAGUCCCCCUGGUCCUGCUUUGUAGUCCACAGACUCAGCCUGUGCCCUGCAAGGGCACCCUGGUCCUCUUCAAUGCCCUGGGCGCCCUCUUCUUCGGCUGCCUGCACCAGGGGGGCGUCGUGCCCGGCCUGGAGCACCUGGAGCGGGUGGUUCAUGCGCCUGUGCUCCCGAACGUACCUACCCACUACACACUCCUCUUCACCCACACCUACAUGCCCCCGCGGCACCUCCUACACCUCCCAGCGCCGGGGUCCCUUGUGGAGGUGAUGGAAAUGGGUGGGUCUGAGGAUCCGGUCCUGUGCCAAACCCUGAACAACUUCACCAGACAACCGGCCUGCCAGGUGGCCGGUGGGCCGUGGCUCUGCCGCCUUUUUGUGGUGACGCCCGGCACCACCAGGCCUGCCACGGAGAAGUGCAGCUUUCCCCUCAAGAGUGAGACCCUUGUGUUUCCCCACUUGACCCUCGAGGACCCACCGGCCAUGUCCUCCCUGCUGAGUGGGGCUUGGAGGGACCAUCUCAGCCUUCACAUCCUAGAGCUGGGGGAGAAGCCCGACAACACGACAGAGAAUCCGUGGCCGUAGAUGAAGGCCCCACUCCACCUUCUCUUUGGGAAGCUGGGCUGGGACAGAGUCUGACUCUCUCCGUUCCCUUCCCUUCCAGAAUUCCCACCACUGCCUCUCUUGUCCACAGCCCUUGCUUUACUUUCUGGGUAAUCUGGCACCCUUCUCCCCUCAAAGACCAAAGAUCUGACCAGUCACAGUCCUGAUUCCAAGGUCCUGAUGCCCCCAAAAAUCUGUAUAACCAAUUGGUCCCUAAUGUUGGUCCCUGCCCUAUUCCUUCCAGAAACUGUGAUGUUUUAAAUAUAUAAUAGCACCUUGUGAAGAACAACGAUCUGAGAGUGACAUUCUUGACUGACCUCCAAACCUUCCAGGAUGCCUUACCUCUUGAUGUCAUGACAACCCUUUGCUUCCUAGACACCUGGAAGGAGGCAGUGUGGGGAUGGAGAGGGAGUAGGCAGUGCAGAUUCAGGGGACCUGAGUUCUAGUCCCUGGUCUGCCAUUCACUGUGUGAUCUUAAGAAAGCUCCU